AUGCGCGGCUUCAAGCACGGUGGCCGUGGCGGCCACUGCUCACUGCGCAAGGUGGAGACGACGGCAGUGACGCCGUCGUCGGCAGAGGAGCCGUCAGGAGUACCGGGCCGCUUCCUGGUCCGCUGGGAGGGCUACUCGGCCGCGAGCGACUCGUGGGAGCCGGCCGAGAGCUUCCUCCACCCUCUGCCGAUCGAGCUCUUCCGGGAGGCGGAGGAGGGGGAGGGGUCCGAGAGCGUCGCUCGGCGGCUCGAGAGGUCCAACUCGCACACGGUCGCCACGGUUGCCCACCUCGCGUCCUAUCUCUCGGCGCGAGACUUGUGCUACCUCGCAAAGACGUGCCGCGCCGUCUCGGCGAGCCUGCCCUGGUCCGAAGUUGCCGCUCACGCCGCCGCCGCGUCUGGUCUCGGAGGCGCUAGCGGCGUUGGCUGCGCGCGCAGCAUGGCCGCGUGGUACGCCAAGCACUCGCUCGCCAUCGAUCGCGGCACCGCCUUUGGCUCUCGCCUCUCCGGCGCCGGCCGCACUUGCGCUGAGCUGCACCUCGGCGGUCCACAACAUGGGUUGAGGGCGGCGGCGGCCGAGGCGGCGGAGGAGCAGGAUGAGCUCUCGCUGCGGCCGAGCUUGUACCGCGUCGCCACCGCGGUGACGUCGGUCGGCUUCUCGUCGCGCCUCGCGCGCUCCAUCUCGUGGAGUGUCCGGUUGGUCCGGCUGCCGCAGCUCGACGGCGUCGGCCUCUGGCUCGGCAUCAUGUACGACAAGCGCGGCUCCGCCCCCGCCGAGGAGGCGCCUUUGCCCGCUGCGGGCGGCGGCGGGCCACUGCACAAGCAGGCGCUCUCGCCGUACCGCUACUCUGGGCCGGUGGACCGGUUCAACGUGUCGGAGCGGUGGGCCGACUCCAACUGGGCGCUGCUCGCGCUUGGCUCGAACGGCUACGUGCAGGUCUCGGGGACGACGCCGCGCUCCUUCUCGCGCCGCCUCGCGGUCGGGGACGUGGUUCGUGUGACGGCGAACCAGCUGCUCUUCGGUCUCAACGGGGGGCAACCGCGCGUAGCCGCAAAGCGGUUGCUGCCUCGAGGUGUGGUCCCUCCGCUGCGGGUGCACGCGGCGGUCACGCUCACCGACAUCACCAAGCCUCUCGAUGAGGACGAGUCGGAGCACGCCGCCGUCGAGCUCUUCGGUUUCGAGCGCGACGCCGCGGCGGGCACCUUCUGCUACUAG